UGAAGGGUUAAUAAUCCUGAUAUAAACAUGCAUCAAAAUAAACUUUCGCAUUCAAGUGCAAAACCAGCGGCCAGAUAUCUCUUCAGAAACAUGUAAAAACUCCGUAAUGUACUACUUAAUACCCAAGAAGACGAAUAUUAACCGAGAAACAUUUAAAAUACUCAGUAAACAAAGGACCAUCAACAAUGGAGCAGGAAAACGAGCCGAAAGUAAACAAUGAGGAGGAGCAGCUGCUUGGAUCUGUUACGACGAUCAACAACACAGAGGGAUCGGAGUUCAAGAACCAGCAGAUUCGGUCCAGUGCCAGGGUUUUUAAGAAAAUGAAACUUGACAGUGCUCCUAUGAUAACUGAGAAAAGGGAGAAGAAAGAGGACGUGAAACAGGAUAUAAACAAGAAAUGCUGCAAGCCCCAGUGGACAUCAGAAGAUAAAAAUAUAUUCUUUGAGGCUCUGUAUGAAUAUGGUAAGAAUUUUGACAGUAUACACUCCUAUAUAACAGCAAAAUUUAAAAAAAAGGGUACUCCAGAGCGAUUGCUCAAAACUAAGGACCAAGUAAGACAUUUGUAUCAUAGAACUUGGCAAAAAAUCUCUAAGUACUUAAAGUUUAAUGAGGGUAUCAAAAAAGUGGUUCAGGAAUUGUAUGCUUUGAUCAAUUAUGGAGAAAUUAGAAGGAGGCUCGGUUCAGUCAGCUCUAAAAGUCUUCAGAAACUAAAUGAGUUGAUUUACAGUGGUUCAAUUGUACUGAGGUGCAAAGGGAAAAAUGUCAGAAUCAACACUCCAAUGUGUAAAGCCUUAAGAAGGCUGAAUCAGUUGGAUGAAAAACAUGAUGAACUAAUACUUCCUUUUAAAGUCAAUGUGGAGAUAGUUCCAAAGGAUAUGGCAUCUUUUUUAAAAGUUCAGGGUGCAGCACAAAAUCCUAGGUUAAAAGCAACUCUACCUUUACAGAAAAGAUUAAGUAGUUUGAUAUCAUGCAUUAAUAAGAGAUGGAGAAGUUUAGAUGCAACAUUGUAUGAUAAAGCUGUAAUUUCAACCAAUGUUGUUACAAAUGAUUGUGUACCUCCAAAAGAAGCCAUUGAGGAAAACAAGAAAAUUUUAUCACCAUCUGUUAGAUUAACACCACAAGCUAAUUGUCAAAUUGAAGUUCCUUCAAUCAAUUUAAGUGAAUAUUAUACUAGGCAAAGUAUUUGUAUGGCAUCUUACGAGAACCGAUUAGGUAUAAAAUCGGAAGAUAAGUCUAUAUAUAAGUCCGCCUCUAAGAAACCACCGCGUGUAAGAAAUGAUAGUAUUAGUGACAAAUCACCUCUAAAGACUGAACUGGAAAUUACUGAAAAUUCUAAUGGCAAUGACAAUAACUUAGUUGAUAAAGUUGUAAAUGAUGCAGUUAAUACUCUUUUAUCCCUACAGCAGCAUGAGCCUGAAAUAAAAGAAGAAUGUGAUAACAAAAAGAUUGUACAAGAUGAUGUAGAUGAGAUUCAGAAAAAACUGAAAAUUGAAUCUAUACGGAAAGGCUGGACUGAGGAAACUGCAGAGACAUUAACCAUUGGUGAGAUAUAUUUAAUGGUAGGAAAUGACUCUAAAGUAGUAUUAGAAUACAGUUGGGAUGAGCCUGAAAUUAAAACAGAGACGCAAAAUGAAGAGAACGAGGAAAACAAAAACAACGGAGAUGUAAGUGCGUCUCUCAACAAGUUAUUGUCAGUCGCCAAAAUGCAUUAUAGAAAAAACAUAAUUAAAUGUCCUUGUGGACAUGUUUGCGGUGCGAAAACUAACCCCCAGUUGAACAGACAAAUGGAAUCCAAAAUCAGAAAAAUGCUAAAUGACAUUGGUAAAUGCACUGAUGAAGCUGAUGAUGGAAUUGUGCCAGAAGAGACUGAGGCUGAAUCAUUUGCACAACCCCAAAGAUUUGCACCAUCUAAAUUCCAUGCAAUCUCCCCAGCUUCAUAUUAUCAACCUAAUCCACCAAUGGUGCAUCUUAUAACCCAACUGAAACCAAGAUACUGCAAUAGAAAAGGCAGAACGCCAAGAUCCAAGCAAGUUGUAGUUGAAAGAAAACUGCCCCUUCUUCCAAACAAUUUGGAAAGCGGUCACCAAAUCGUGCGCAUGAACAUUAUCUCACAGGAUGCAUCACAAAAACCGGACGCUGGCGAAGCAAGCACAUCAUUCAAUAAUGUCACCUCCAUGCCUGAAGUGCAGGUUUACGAUACUGAAAUGAACACCGUGCCCAGUUUCGGGCAGAUAGUUCAAUCAGAAACUGAACCGACACUUGAUAAUGUACCUCUUAACGAUGAGCACACAUUCGUAGCGGCGAGUCCAUCCAGACUGAUCGCUGAAAGCGACAAUCAAUGGAUUAAUGCCGAAGUUGCCGACUAUUCGCUGAGCAGUUUGCUGGGUACUUUGGAGUCGCCGAUAAAGUCCUCGAUUGCCGAAGAUUCUAGGAUGUCGGAGGAUGUAGAUGCUCAGCUGAGGUCGUUACUUACCGAAAGCAGCUUGGAUUUUUCCGCAAACUUCGCCGAUUUGGCUGCUCAGGUAUCGGAAGUGAAGAAGUAGUGCCAAAUUUUUUAUUUAUUUUAUUUUCACAUUUUUUUUUUAUAUUUUAUCAUACAUUUGUAAAUAUGUAUAGAUUUCGAUACUAAAUUAUUAAAAGAAAUUUUGUAUAGCUACUAUUAUGUGAGCACAUUAAUUGAUGUUGUUUUUUACUUUUUAACGGAUUAUUUUUAAAUAAACUAUUUUUUAUA